AUGAGAACACGAAAAGCGGCGUCGCUUCUCCUCAUCGCCCUGCUGGCCCCUACACAGUCACUGACCCGGGCGCUGCGGGAGCAGCGGUCACAGGAGCAGCGGUCGACGGCGUCGUCACGCCAGGAGCUCAUCUCCAAAAUCAACAACCUGCAGCACCAGGUCGAUGGCCUCUCCCAGUCUGCGACGGAAUUGAUUGAGAAGCGGCAGCGGCUGCAGCAAGCCAUCCACCAAAACGUGGUCAGCACCGCCCUGUUUCGCCAGGACGGCCGCUGCGGGCCCCAAUACCCGGCACCAGGCGCGCCGGACUUUGGCCAGUGUGACCCCACAGCUGAUGCUGACCAGAAGGGACCAUGCUGCAACCCCGGGACAGGCUGGUGUGGCAACGUGCGUGGUGUGACUUGGGGCCACUGCCACUGCCCGGACUGCGUUGACUACAGCAAGAACGAGGAGAGCAUCAAAAUGGCCGAACAACACAAGCAGCAGCAGCAGCAGCAGCAGCAGCAGCAGCAGCAGCAGCAGUCACAAAAGCCGCGCCAGUUACCCCCUGCUGAAAAGGAUGCAAGUGAGAAGCAACAGGACAAGAAGGACGCAUCGCCGCCGCCACCACCACCAAAGUUCAGGACCGAUGGGCGUUGCGGGCCCAUGUACCCUGCACCAGGCGCGACUAUUGGCGAAUGCGAUCCUUACGCCGACGGCGACCAAAAGGGGCCUUGCUGCAACCCAAGCAGUGGAUGGUGUGGGAACGUGCGCGACGUGCACUGGGGUCACUGCGACUGCGAGGACUGCGUCGAUUACAGCAGCGUCUAUCACGUGGUGCAGCCCCGCAAACCAGAGCAGCGCUCCUCCAGUGCAUCCGAAAAGGACAAGCAGCAGGAACUUCCUCGAUUUCGGAGUGACGGGCGGUGUGGUCCACGUUUCCCCGCACCAGGCGCGCCCACGUAUGGAGAAUGCGACCCACACUCAGACGGAGACCAGCAAGGGCCGUGCUGCAACCCGGACAGCGGGUACUGCGGCAACAUCCGCGGUGUGCUCUGGGGCCACUGCGACUGCCCAGACUGCCGUGAUUUCAGCAGAGAGCACAAGCACAGCAACGCUGAUGGUGGGUGGGGCCUGGCACAGUUGAGUGCCGGCAGCAGCGACAGCGAAGAUGAUGGUGAGGAGGUUGGGACGACACGACGAUGCGAUGCUCUGUUGUCCAAGGGGAAGGCAGGUUGGACGGAGCAGGAGCCCGUGUGCCGCCCCCUCUUCUCAAACGUCGACUUUUCCCUUCGAAAGGACUCCAAAGUCGCCUGCAGGCACAAUGACGCGUUGGGAGCAAACGCCUGCGCUGCAACGAAUAUGCACUUCUCUUCGCCCAACGAUAUCACCUCCAUCACCGCCACGUGUCUCAUGUCACUACCAGAGAGCCAGCUGGCUCGAUAUAAGGGCGACUCCCCUGCUGAUGCCAUUGUUCGUGCGCUGGCCGCGCGUUCCGACAGCAACGGCUACCUGUCCUCCUGCACGGCUUGGAGCGAUGCGCCACUUCUCGUCAUGCAACAGAGUGCUGCCGUCACCAGCACUCUUUUCGCCGCGCACCAGGCUGUUUCGCUGUUUGGCCACAAGCUCUCCGACGUGGAUGUGCUGCUCACAAAUGAGGCGGCUGAAACAGCGCCUUGGUUCUCUGUUGCACGAAGCGUCAUGGAGGUGACAGACAUCACACCAACCACAUGCUAUCCAACAGUCAUCUUCGCCCACUCUGGCGCCACAUCCUUCUUUGAGACCCGCGAUGCCCUUGAUUGCUCCGCGACGGCUGUGCAGACGUGCGAAGAUUUUCUCAAGAUCAUCGCAACCCUCAACGUCCCAAAGCCGGAAUGCCCGCAAGAGCUCUCUGCUUAGAUAUCAAUCAACAGUUGCGCAGGUGUUGGCCGUGUGCUGCGCCACUUGUCUUGUGCAAGCAGCACAGUGAUCAACCAUCGCGCACGCGCCUCGCACGAUGUUGCCUCGAUAGAGAUAAUGUGUAGCAGCUCAAUUUGUCCUGCCUUACAUACGCCAAGUUGUCCAAUUCUAGCCGUAGUCACCUGCCCAUCCUCAUCAUCGUCGUCACCACCUGAUCUUGUUACCAUGUGCGGCUCUGAGCACGUUGUUACAUCGCGCAGUACAGUGUAGUGCUGCUAUUGAUUCUUUGUUCCUGUCUUUCCUUUCCUCCCGCCCCCUUGCUGUUUGAUUGCAGUUGUUGCGUGACGUGACAGUUGCGUGUCUUGUGACGAUGUCUCGUGAUGUCCAUCUUGUUAGCUGUUGCACAGCAGCACCUCUCCUGUUAUGUACCCGUUCACUUCUGCCCUGCCGCUUUGAAAGCACUGAAUACACAUAACGAAACACA